AUGGGCGCCCAGGACUCUGAUAUUGUUGUUCGCCCUGUCGAUGAGGAGGCUCAGGGCUCUAAUGAGCACGUAACUGCGAGCGGUCGCGUCCUGAACAGAAACUGGAAGGCAUUCUUCAACGUCAUCUGUGCUGGUGUGGCUUUGAUGUCCGAUGGAUACCAGAACAACCUGAUGACGGCAAACAACUUGGUCUUUGCUGCUAAAUAUCCUGAAGUUUACAACUCUAGCAUGUCUACACGCGUCUCGAACUCCCUUCUCAUCGGAGAGGUGAUUGGCAUGAUCGUCAUCGGUCUGUCGUGUGAUCUCUUAGGAAGAAAGGCAGCUAUUGCUUUGACUACGUCUUGUAUGGUUAUUGGCGGUAUUCUAGCUACUGCUGCCCACGGCACUACGACAACCGGUAUGUUUUGGAUGAUUAUCGUCAUGCGGGGUGUAGUGGGUUUUGGGUCCGGUGGAGAGUACCCCGCAUCUAGUACAUCUGCAUCGGAAGCGGCAAAUGAGACAGUCAAGAGGCGGGGUGGCACGUUCGUUUUGGUGACGAAUUUACCACUGUCCCUCGGAGGCCCUUUCUGUAUUAUUGUGUUCUUGAUUGUUUGGGAAGCCGCCAGUGGCUACCAAAACCUCAACACCGUCUGGCGUGUCACAUUCGGUAUUGGCUGCAUCUGGCCCUUGGCGAUCUUCAUUUUCCGAUGGCGUAUGUCGGUGACAAAACUGUACAAGAAAUCUGCCUUCAAUAGCCGAGCGAUUCCUUGGCUGUUGGUCUUCAAAUUCUACUGGAGGAGGUUGAUCGGCACCUGCGGCGCGUGGUUUUUGUAUGAUUUCAUCACGUUCCCCAACGGUAUUUUCUCAGGCACCAUUAUCAACAGCUUGCUCAAAGGUGAGAAAAAUAUCGAGCGGACGGUUGAAUGGCAACUGCUUCUAGGUAUAAUUGCCAUUCCCGGUGUUUUCGUUGGUGCCUGGCUCUGCGACCGCAUUGGCCGUAAAUGGACCAUGUUGAUUGGAUUCUCUGGGUAUCUCGUAUUUGGUCUCGUUAUUGGUAUUGCCUACGAGCGUCUUUCCAAAAUCUUGGGUCUGUUCAUCGUUUUCUACGGUCUCUUCAACUCGUUCGGAAACCUAGGGCCCGGCAAUAUGCUCGGACUGGUCAGCUCUGAGUCGUACGCUACCGGAGUGAGAGGCAGCUUGUACGGCCUGUCUGCGGCGGUUGGCAAGGCCGGUGCUGCUGUCGGCACUCAGGUUUUCAAGCCUAUUCAGAACCACCUGGGCAAAAGAUAUACCUUCAUUAUCGCUGCAUGCAUCGGUGUUCUAGGAAUGAUUGUGACCUACUUCUUCAUCCCUCAUUUGCGCGAGGAUGAUCUCAUGAUGGAAGACGUCCGCUUUGCAGAGUUCCUUCGGGCUAACGGUUACACUGGCAGUAUUGGUUACAUGGGUGAGACCAUCGACGAUGAAAUUGGGGACAACAUCUCUGUCAGCGGGACCAGCGAUAACGAGAAAUACAAUGAUCUCAAGACCGUUUCUGCUGAAGUCUCGUCAGUAAAGUCUAUUUCUUCUUGA